UUAUUUCGCGCAUGCGUAAUGUACAAACUCCUAAUAUUUAACACCUUGUGUGUGCUUAUUUUUUUCCCUUCCUGAAUAUUUUGUAUAUAAAAAAUCUUAUAUGCUAAAAACGAAGACUCUUAUUUAGACUGCAAGACAAACGCGGAGCUGCGUCUCCAGCUGAAGACAAGCAAAUGCGGAAGUGCGCACAAGUGAAGCCUCUUGUCUCGUUGCAUUGAGGAAUACAGCCCAUCAAAAUCAAAACAAACAACUCCGGGUAAUAAGCGAGUGGCUGGAUGCUGUUUGGUUGUGCAAACUGAAUAUCUGUCCCAGAAAGAGACCUUCACCAUGUCGAAAAUGGACAAGCACUUGUUCAACCUCAAGUUUGCUGCCAAGGAGCUCCAGCGCAACUCUAAGAAAUGUGACAAAGAGGAAAAGGCAGAAAAGAAUAAAGUGAAGCAGGCAAUCCAGAAGGGUAACAUGGAGGCAGCCAGGAUCCAUGCAGAGAAUGCCAUCCGUCAGAAGCACCAGUCCAUUAACUUCUUGAGGAUGAGUGCCCGUGUGGAUGCUGUGGCUUCCAGGGUCCAGACAGCUGUCACUAUGAACCAGGUAUCUAAGUCGAUGUCUGGAGUCGUCAAGUCCAUGGAUGCUACACUGAAAAGCAUGAACUUGGAGAAGAUCUCUGCACUGAUGGACAAGUUUGAAAACCAGUUCGAGACCCUCGACGUGCAGACGGCUCAGAUGGAAGACACAAUGAGCAGCACCACUACUCUGACGACGCCUCAGAGUGAAGUGGAUCUGCUGCUGCAUGAGAUGGCGGAUGAAGCAGGGCUGGAUCUAAACCUAGAGCUUCCCGCAGGCCAGACUACAUCCCUGGCUUCCUCUGUGGCGUCGACAGAGCAGGAUGAACUCUCCCAGAGGCUGUCCAGGCUGCGAGACCAGGUCUGAUAAUGAUGCAGAGAGGACGAGAAAGAAGCAGACGCGGGGAGUUAAAAGAGAAAUGGAUGCAAUGCGUCUGUGAGUCUUGCGGCCUCUUCUGCGUUUUUUUUUUUGUUCUCUUUUUCUUUUUUUUGAGAGAAAUACAAGAGAUGCCUCGGAGCAGUCCGUUGUGAGAAAGGAUGUUUACAGUCUUGCUACUGACUGCAUUUCUCCAUUGUAACGUUUGCACUCCUUUUACUAUUAUUAUUAUUGUUAUGUAGCUCAGCAGUAGGACACGUAUAUGUUUCUUUUUUAAAUGUUCACGGUUUGUUUUGCAAAUUGUACUUGCAUUUGUAUUGUGGACAGAUAAUACCUCAUUCAGAACUGGUUAUGCAGUGUGUAUAAAAUGCAAAGAGCUAUUUAUUUAUUUGUGUAAUAUUUGAUCUAUUCACUGACUGAUAAUGUAUUGAUAAGGGUGGGCUUUUACUGUAAAUGUAUUGUUUCUCCUGCAUGACUGAGGAUGUGGAGACCACUGGUAAACCCUUCUAAUUUCAUUUUUUAUAUUUGUCCUAAGAGGAGGGCUUUUGGCUGUGAUGUUACUGGUUGUCCUCAUGUAGCAGUGCAACGCGCUUAAACGGGAAGCCAUUAAAAGAGUUCUCAACACA